AUGGGCCAGGGCCAGGCGCACAGUGAGGAGGACGCGGACUCGGAGGUGGCCCUGCAGCACAUCCAGGAGUUGUACCGUAAAUUCGCGAGCGAGUGUCCGAGCGGGAACCUGCACCUGCACGAGUUCAAGAAAAUCUUCGGCUUCAGCAAAAACUCCACCGAAGAAGAAAACUCGUACAUCGAGAACGUGUUCCGCAGCUUCGACACCAACGGGGAUGGACAUAUAGAUUUCCUGGAGUACGUUGCAGCCGUUCAUCUGAUUCUUCGGGGGAAACUCAAAGACAAACUGGUCUGGUCCUUCAAAGUGUUCGACCGCGACGGAAACGGCUCUUUGGACCGAACCGAGGUCCGGCUCAUCAUCAAGAUCAUCGGGAGAAUAAAGCAGCCGCACGAACCGAACGCCACCGGGAACGUGGAGGAAAUCGUGGAACGAAUCUUCGCUUUGGUCGACAAGAACAAUGACUGUCGGAUCUCUCUGGAGGAGUUCAUCGAGGGUGCAGAGAAGGACCCUUGGGUGCUGAACCAGCUCAAACUGGACAUUGGUCCGUGUGAGUGGUUCAUGGAGCAACAGGAGAAGAAAACCUGA